GUUGAAUUUUGUGGCAUCUGUCGUUGCUUAGUGUUCGUGAUGUUCUAUCAAUUCUUCGCCCUUUGGUUGUCGACGGCUUUAGUAUCAUAAAGGUGUCAGAUGCUCGCCACAUUUCCGGCAAUCUUUCUCAUUCAUCGAGCUGCAUCUAGAUAUGAACCACUGGAAUCAUGGAGCCUAAAGACGAACGAUCAACAGACACGAAUACUACUUCGAUAUCACACACAGACGUAGAUCUUGAGAGUGGAAGGCGAUCAAGACCAAGACAGCGGAGCGAAUCAACAUCCGAUUCAUCGUCGGAAUAUGAGGAAGAGAAGGAUGCUGACCAUGAUGGCCACCGUCCAUCGGGAAGAGAACUCCACGAAAGCAUUUCGCGAUCACGCAGCAGACGCAGUCUACCAAGAGACAGAACAGCGACAGCCACAGCGAGUGGUAUAAAUCAGCCUUUGAGCCGGACAAUAUCCAGACGCGAUACAGCACUUUCGCGAAUACGUACACGACCAAAUAUUGCGCCCUUUUCCCAUCCUCUGGCGCAUCAACAGACCACUGCGGAUGUGCUAGUAGAUUUUGAGGGCGACGAUGAUCCUUAUCGCCCCAUGAACUGGCCCACAAAGAAGAAGAUCACAACGACCAUGAUGUACGGCCUCACGACUAUGAGCGCGACAUGGGCUUCUUCUGCAUAUUCUGCAGGUACGCGACAGAUAGCAGCAGAGUUCGAUGUAGGAAACCAGGUCGCGGUGUUAGGCACUACGCUCUUCUUGUUUGGAUUUGGGCUUGGUCCGCUUCUCUGGGCUCCACUUUCCGAAGUCUACGGGAGACGUUUGGCAGUUUUGACGCCUAUGUUCAUUGCAAUCUGCUUUAGCUUCGGUAGUGCCGUAGCAAAGGACUUCCAGACACUGAUGAUCACAAGGUUCUUUGGUGCCUUCUUUGCUAGCGCACCAGUCACGAACACCGGUGGUGUGUUGGGCGAUCUGUAUAGUCCGGCAUGGAGAGCCUUAGCUAUGGCAGGUUACGCUAUGGCGGUCGUCGGAGGCCCCUGUCUCGGGCCAAUUGUCUCCGCAGCUUUUGUCGCCAAUCCAUCACUUGGCUGGCGCUGGACCGAAUACUUCACCGGUAUACUUCAGGCAACCAUUCUGUUCAUUGACAUCAUUUUCAUCGACGAAUGCUACCCACCGAAGCUCCUCGUCUACAAAGCACGUCGCCUGCGGCACGAAACCGGCAACUGGGCCCUUCACACCAAGUUCGAGGAGUGGGAUGUCAGCAUCAAAGAAUUGUCUAAAAAGUUUCUUCUACGGCCAAUACAGCUUCUGAUGACACCUAUUUGUUUUCUUGUCGCACUCUACGCUAGCUUCUGCUACGGAAUUCUGUACAUGAUGCUGGGAGGUAUACCCAUAAUCUUUGGCGAAAUGCGCGGAUGGCCAGCUGUGAGCGCAACGCUGCCUUUCCUAGGUAUCUUGGUUGGCGCAAUCAUCGGCUGCAGCAUCAACGCCUACAACCAACUUCUUUACAACAAAGUCUAUCGUGCAGCUGGGAAUCGUGCCGUUCCGGAAGCCCGUUUGCCACCAAUGAUGCUCGGCUCCGUACUCUUCUCCGCCGGUCAAUUCAUCAUGGGUUGGACAGCGGACCCUCAGUACCAUUGGAUCGCUCCCGUCAUUGGGCUGGUGUCGAUGGGAACUGGUUUCUUCACGAUCUUCCAAGCUGCCCUGAACUACCUGGUCGACACCUUCACGUUGUAUGCUGCGAGUGCAGUAGCAGCGAACACUUUCCUUCGAAGCGCCUUUGCGGGCGCUUUUCCAUUGGUGGUGACGCCACUGUAUCACAAUAUUGGAGUAGGUCCUGCGAGUAGUAUUACUGGUGGAUUCGCAGCAUUGCUUAUCCCAGUGCCUUUCGUUUUCUACACAUAUGGCAAGAGAAUCAGGAGGGCAAGCAAAUGGAGUCGUGGGAGUGUUUUUGAUUGAAUAGUCAACGGGUAAUCAUAGUAAUGCCAUUCUGAGGUUUAGCUCGUCC